AUGAACAAUCCUAGCCCAGCUCGAUUAUUAGCAAUUUAUGGAGGCACAACUUUCCUUGUAUAUAUCGAGACGAAUGCUUUCAUGAAGAGUACACCUGCUGUCUUGCUCAGUUUACCAGUAGCAGCGUUAUGCUUGCUCACUCUCACCACUACUAUGCAGCCAGAACAGAGAUUCACAACUUCUGCGUCAUUUGCUGUUCUCGGUGAGGUUUAG